AUGACUCGUACCCUCCCUCUUUUUACCCAUUUCGCUGGCAAUUAAGUCCGUUACACUUGAUUUGCUGCGAAGCCUUCCGACCGAAUCCACUCCUCGGUCGCUCUCGGUCGACUGCCGCCGCCCAGCCGACUCGACCUUCCCAUCGGCCUGGUCAGCUAUUUCUUGCAUCGUUUGCCCUCCCUCUUCUUUCCGACCUCGUUGGCUACCAUAGUCCGGUACACUGGACUUGCUGCGAGCCUUGCAACCGCGUAUCCUCCGUGGUUGCCUCUCGGUCGACACCCCUUUCGCUCCUUCGCGCUUUCGCGCGCUCUCUCGCUCUCUCCCUCGUCUCUCGCGUGUAGUCAUCGUCAUCCCCUCCGACGUUGCCUGUCACGAGCCGCCCAAAGAGGGGUGCGAAACGACGCAGCCCCGGCCUCCAAUGUGAUUCGAGUCAUUAUGGAUGGUCCUGGAUCACCCAGAGGUCCUGUACAGACCGCGCUGCGCAAGCACUUUGGAUUGGUCGAGACGCCGUUCAUGUUCGCGCGGCCCGAGGGUGUCGUGCUUGACCCCGAGGUCGAGAAGCUUUUCUCGAAAUGUGUGAAGCUGAACCCGAUUGUGACGAAAGCCACGAAGAGGUUCCCGAUCGCUCGUCACAUGUACGAGCUUGUAUUCGAAUCCGAGCAAGCUUGUCUUGAAGCCGCUUCAGCGGGCCCAUUCCCCUACCACGGCAAGGAGAUGGUUACCGAGCUCCCCAGCGCCUCUCCCCUUAACCACGUCGUGCAGGUGCGAUUCACCUUGCCCUCCUCCUCCAGCGCGAUCCCUGCUUCCGUGCUCCGAAAAUCUCUCGAUGAUGCUAUCACCCUUUCGUUCGGCCACGCAGGUCGCACGCAAGGUUAUACCCUGAUGCAAUUACAGCGGGGCCUCGCGGUCGAUCCGAAUGGCGAUCCGAUGGCCAUGACCGAAGACGGGUUCCACUGCGCGUACCUUCGCUUACAUGCUGAUCUUUUCCAAGGCUCCAUCGAGACGCAGAAGGCUGCGCUCAACGCCGCUUUGCCACAAGAGAUCGAGAUCCUGGGCGCCAAGUACGGCUUGCGACACGAAUUCGAGACGCACUACUGCGCGGUGUGCGAUCGCGCCGGACACCAGUGGGGCGCUUGCAGGAAGCUGGUUUCGACUCCGGCCACCGCCGCCCCUGUUCCGGGGGCCUCGACCUCGACUUCGACUUCGACCACCGGCUUCCGAGUUGCUGGAAAGAAUGGGAAGCACGGUGGGCCUGCCGCAUUGAACUCUCGUGUCUCUGGCGCGAACAUGAUCCAGCUGGGACCUCGUGCUAACCCCGCAGGUGCAGUAACCGCCAACAAGGACGACGCGAACGACGGCGACGACGAGUCGGUCGUUUCGACCGAACCGGAGGGCGGCGACACUGGGGAAGAGACAUCGACGCGUGCGACCCUGGGCUCAACAAAGGAGACGCAGACGACGACGGCGGCGCCCGUUUCGACCCCGACCUCUCCUUUGCCUUUGUCCGGUGGCACGUCGGGAUCAUUGGCAACCUCGACAACCUCGAUAGCCUCGACGAGUCCUCGACGCCUUCGUUCGAGCUUGGCACCCGGCAACCGACGUGUCACCCGGGCGGGAUCCGCCAUGAUCCUCGGUGCAUCAGGGGGUCACAGGUCCGAGGUGACCGAAUUCGAGGGGGGCGGCGCUGAACUGAUUUAAUCAUGAUUGAGUCACUCACCGUGUUGACGUUCAACGUCCGAUCGAUGAAGAACGCAGUCAACCAAGUCAAAAUCAUCCGUUAUCUCAAAACCCUUCGGCCGGCCCCUGCGGCCAUCCUCCUGCAAGAGCACCACCUCAGCUACAACGCGUCGCGCGAAGGCUUCAAGAGUGCUUGGCCGGGGGCUUGUAUUCGUUUCACUCCUCAUGUCCUUACCCUCAUACCCGAUGGCUCACCUUUGGCGGGCCAUCUCCUUUCCUCUACCCCGGUUGUCUUUGCAGGAGCUCCUCGUUUCGACGGUCGGAUUCUGCGCUCGGUGUUUCGUCUUGAGGAGCUCGAUGUCGAGAUCAUCAACAUGUACGCGCCGGUGCAGGAGGACGAUCGUCGCGACUUUUUCGGGCUUCUGCACUUCAACGCCCCGAGACCCAAGACUCUUCGGAUCUUGGCCGGCGAUCUCAAUGAUUGUCCGGAUGUAUCGGUCGACCGAGUGUCCAUCACCGAUCGCGCUUGGACUCCUGUAUCGCACUGGCAGACCUUGCUGUCAAAGAUCGCGUUCAAGGCACUCGACACGGUCCGACAUGUCCAUCCUUGCACCCCUGCAUUCACUCGUCCUCACUACCGUGGUAGAGGGGAAGAGCGAAAGAUUUGCUCGUGGUCGCGGAUCGACUAUAUUCUUGUCCAAUGCAGUUGGGCGAACCGGUUGUUGAGCGCUUCUACGCUCUUCGAUGCGCCCUGUUCGGACCACAGACCUGUAGUUGCGACUUUCACUUUGCCUACAUCGAACGCUGAUGCCGAACCCCCCCUUUCUCUUCCCUCCACGAGCGAUUUCAUUUCGAGGCUCAACCCAAUGGUCUUUGACGAUCAAGACUUUGUCGCAUCGAUUCCCGGGGUCGUCGACAAGGUCUAUCGAAGGCUCGAGGGGACCGCUCCGCUCGGCGACGUCUAUGACGCCGCUCUGUGGGCGGUUGCAGUCGCUGGCCAUGCACGAUACCGCUCGACUCGUGCCGACAUGCGCCGACUGCGGGCCGAGAGCCAAUCCGUCAUGGAGGCUUUGGAGGCAUGCGGUGAGCACAUGAAUGAGGCCGAGCGCGAUGCGUAUGCUCUUGCCAAGUUGCGGUUGGACCAGUUGGCGGUAAAGGAGGCUCAGUGGCUGCGCAUUCGUGCGCAUGUGCCGUCAGUCGACUCGAGGGAAGGUCAAUCGGCAAGCAUUCGCACGCGCCUCAACCGCUGGAGUCACCAGACGAGCAUCGUCUCGCUGGAGGAUGUCGAUGGCACCGAGACCGUUGACAUGCAGGAGGCGCUGGGUAUUGCUUCACGGCACGCGCAGUCGCUCUUCACGCCGGACCCAGCUCGUGGCGACCCGACGAACGCACACCGGUCCCUGCUCGACCCUAUUCGCGCAACGAAAUGCUACGAUGACGACCGCUCGGACCCUACGUUCGGUCGUCGGCUGCCUCGUCAAGCGAGAGUGGCGCUUGACGAGCCCUUCACCCUCCUCGAGGUUGAAGCGGUGUUGAAGAAGACAGAUUCGGGGCGAUCACCGGGGCCCUCGGGCAUUCCGUACGAGCUCUUCAAGGCGCUGCCAACCUACUUUGCUCCCAAGCUGUUGGACUUGUUCAACUCGAUUUGGGAGGGCGGCAAAAUGACGGUGUCCUUGGCAGAGGGGCUGGUGCGGCUCUUGCCCAAGAAUAAACCGGGGGCCAAUCUGAAAUCACUGGGGGCAUACCGACCGAUCACAUUGCGCGAGACGACCUACAAGGUCCUCAGCAAGAUCUUGGUGGCGCGACUCAAUGGGGUGCUCGGCGAGCUUUUACCGCCGGCGCAACACGGUUUCAUGCCAUCAAGACGUUCAGCGGACGCGGGAAGUCAUCUCACUCUCCUUCUCGAAAAACUCGAGUCGCUAGGCACUGAUGUUUUCCCCGAGGGCGCCCUCUUGUCUUUGGAUCAGCAGAGCGCGUACGAUCGGGUCAAUCACACCUGGAUCUUCGAGGUCUUUGAGGCCUUUGGGUUUGGUGAGCGUUUCAUCUCGCUGCUGCGCGCUCUCUACGAUCCCGAGACUCUGGGGGUGCGCUACCUUGUCAAUGGGUUCCCCACGGACUUGGUGCGGUUGCUGUGUGGUCUCGGUCAGGGGGAUCCCCUCUCGUGCCCGGUUUGGAACAUCACGUUCCAGCCCUUCCUCGACGCCCUCGUUCGGCGCGGGAUCGCGCUCGACCUGCAGAAGGUGUGGCCAGGGGGGCCGCGUGCGCAGCUUACGCAUCUGGCGUUUGCCGACGAUGCUGUGGUGGUGGUGGUGACAGGCAACGUCGGAGGGGAUGACGAUGACUACACGCGAGAGACGAGGGAGAGAGCGAGAGAGCGCGCGAAAGCGCGAAGGAGCGAAAGGGGUGUCGACCGAGAGGCAACCACGGAGGAUACGCGGUUGCAAGGCUCGCAGCAAGUCCAGUGUACCGGACUAUGGUAG